GAAUAUGUUUGCAUUGGCUAUACACCCGCAGGUCAAUGAAUCUAAAUCAAGCGUAACUACAGACGUUGACGUCGGCAUCGUGCGUGCGUAAUAAAGGACCAGCAGGAUAGUAGACGUACAUAGCCAUUGCGCGUGCUGUGCGACACCACAAAGUUAGACUAAACACACUUCUUUUCUCGCAUGCGGGGCGCAUCACAGCAGGACGAACUCUUCGUCUCUACGAUGUGGCAGGAGGUCGAUCGCAAGUUCGGGGUUGAGGCCACGGCACGGUUGCUCCUCCCGAGAAGCGCGGCCCGCCGCGAGCUCGCUCUGGAUGAGGAUAGCAUGGAGACUUCUGCCAUCGUGGGGAUCGUUUUGUGUACCGUGAUUGCCCUGUUGCUCUCCCGGCUGAUCUACAAACUUGACAGCUGGAUGGACCUGGAUCCCACGGUGCUGGAGGAAGAAGUAGAGAUCUACUCUCUGCAGGGAGGUGAGAGCCCAGAUGCAGGUGUGGGAGAUCCAAGUGCGACCGGCGGUAGUACGCCUGCGGCGACCGCGGAUCCAAGUUCUUCUGCUGGUCUUAGUGCCGCGUCGGGGCCCGCCAGAAGACCGAGCGCAGGCGGCAUCCUGAGUGGAACGCUGUCGUCGGCUCUCGGAGUGGGGAAAAGAAGUAUAAAGAAAGUGCUUAUUCCCGAAAGGAAGAUAGAAUACAAUUGAUUAAUAUGUUGCCAUCUCCCCCCAACGGUGUCUUUUGUCACCCAGAAACCGCUUUAGAGAGUUGGACCUGUAAGGUUCGAGCGGCUCAGGGCGGAUUUUGUUGGUUCGCGCCGUUCUAUGUGCAGCUGCACGGACAUGUAAAACAAAUCUGAAGGGGCGUGCACAAAAAUGUAUUAUGUAUACGAAUACCUGUAGCACAUCAUGGGAAGAUCAUAGUAUCGUCAAUGACAACAGGUUCAACAUCGAGGCGGCGACAGGAGGUGUCCAAAAUCGAGCAGAAGCGGCACGCGGGCGAGGGCACGCCGCUGCCGAACGAGAGCCGCCGGGCGUACGGCGUGAAAAAGGCGAAAAACACGUACAUGUGGCGCGAGUUCCAGCGCGCCCGGUUGCUGCGCAUGGUGGUAAAGCGGGCGGGCGAAGCCACGCCAGAGACCAGCGACCCAGAGAAUCACCUGGUCGUGGGGAACAAUGGCAGUGGGCUAAGAUGCUGCAAAAAUUUUAUCAAUGCACGAAUCGUAGCAGCUACGAUUUCAUCAUUUCUACUUGCUCGACGAACAGACCGACGGGAAAGUAAAAGUUUUCAAUUACAAAAUCAUGAUUCAACGUCUGCGCACUCGUCUGUAGGUCUUUCUUCAUAAAAGAAUGAACCUCUAUUGCAAUUAGUUAUAUCGUUAUCCAUUAUUCAUUGUGCGUAGAGGAGCUGCUCAGUCUCAGAGAAGAUACGGUGUCGUGCUAGAACAUUUUGUGCUGGGAUAACGGAAGGGAGACGGAGACGUAGCGGGCGCGCGUGGAACAGCGCAAACGAACGCAAGCUUGGCCGCGGUACUUGUAAGUAGAUACAGAACACACUACCUGUUGUAAUCUGUAGCUACUUCACGCGUAUUAAAUGGAAAUAGACCUGAUUGUAAUUCUGGAACUACUAAUUAUACGCCAUUUUGUUUUUGCCACGUCGGAAGCGAUUGGCAGGUCGCAGCUGAAAUAUCUAUUAAUUUCUUCCAUCAUUUACCACUCUCCCAGACGGAAACGGAGCACCGGCUGACGAUGUGGAAGAGGUUGAAAAGUAUGGCGUAUCAAGAUAACAAAAAUUCCCCCUCCCCACAUCAAAACGGAAAUCUGUGAUGUAGAUUUGUGGUCACAAAUCAGCUUAGUCAUGCUAGAAGAGAAAAGAUGCGGACUGUAGUGCUGGGCUGCGUGGGAAAGCCUUGCAUCUUCAGCAUGGCAGGAGGCAGGUGGAAGUGGGGAACAGCAUGGAAAAUUGCCUGCAAACGAGGCCACAGCUGCGGCUCUUGGCCGUCUAGCAAUACAAGUCGAUUUGUCUACUCAUAUACAGCAUCACAAGUUUCGUUUUCGAUAUGGGGAGGGGGGAUUUUUUCCUUUUGAAAUGGCGCGUUCGGUACCAACUCCGAGGGACCAAGCAGAGCCGAGCAGUAUGCUGUGCACAAAAGUCUUAUUGUGAGCACCGCGAGAAGAUGUUGAGCCUGAGCGGAAUAGAAAUUCUUUUGCCUGCUCGAACACUUUGAUGACGAGCAUCUGUAGCAGAAAAUGACGCAAGCGAAAAAUUAUAAGUACCUAUCUUGUUGUAGUUGUCAGCGAAUCUUCGCUGCUCGUUGGGAAGAUCAUGACCUCCGAGCUCAUCUUGCUCCGGCUGUGACAGCACUGGAGACCAUCGAUGAUCAUAGGAAGAACCACCUGUGAUGCAGCAUCUGCCUUGCUUUCAUUCAUGGACGUAAUAAUUUGAGAGGAAAGCCUCGACCUCGAGAGUGAUAAUAAAUUGCAAUUCCGACGAUACGACUUGCGCCAUGCAUACUGGAGCCUUCCGCAAACAACGAACAGAUGGAUCAAGUAUCACGUGCUGAAAAGUCGUAGGUGUAGAGGACGAGAAACACGUGCUGCAGCUCAGUGCUGCAGAUAGAUACUAAUUGAACUCGCAUAUUUUAUUUUUGGUGCAACUUGUCGUGCUGCGUACCAGGGACGAGCCCGAGCUGUCGUUGCAUCGGGUCAUGCAGCUGAAGAUCUUCUUGUUAUGAUUAUGAAUGAAGUUGAACCAGAAGCAGCUGCAGGUGUCCCUCGGUAGUUUUAUUAGGGUCUUCAUUUAGAAGCUUUGUACUUCUUUAAGUAGUGCUGCAUUUUUUACGCACACGACAAGCUCGUAUUUCUAUUUCCUCGAUUGCGGGUUUUUGCAUUUCCAUGCGGAUCGAAGGCGGCGCACGGCCUUAGUGAAGCGGGCUCCGCUGCCCCGCUCGCAGUGAUCCCGGACGGGAAUGAUGAAACGUAAGAGGUUGCCCUGAUACUCUGUGGUCCAUUUCCUGCUCCUGAGAGACACAUAGGGCAGAGACGGCCACGAAUGGCACCAUCAUAAGAAGUGCCUGCAGCCGAUGAACUACAAGAGCAUGAUCUUCGCGCUACCGCGGGAAGGGUGCGUGUUUGAAGUCUGUGG